UUCACUCGGACUGCCUUCUUGCCUGCUUGUCUACUUGUAUCUGCUUAUCGUUGGAUGCUGUUCACAGUUCACUAGUAUCAACACCACCACACCACCACCUAAACCAACCCACUAUUAAUAACUUUUACUACAUCUAUCUUCUUAUAAUACAAGUUAAACAUCUACAACUCAUCUACUAAUCCUACAACACCACCUACAAUAUCGUCUUCAUCUCAGUACAGGUGGCACUGCCACACCGCCACAGUGGCUAUACAGUCUACCUCGGCUCUCUCUCUGCCUCGUCUUCCAUCUACGCCCCGCACCCUGAUUACUCAACCCAUCUGCUCCCAUUUCGAGCAAAUAUCCUUCCACCCUCCUUCACCACCUCUCACCCAGUCUCUCUCAGUCUCACCGCACUGAACCACUCCUCUCCCACACGAUGGACGCAUCAUGCGGCCCGUCAACGCCCCUCACCGCGCUGCAGAAGCACGCCGGCGCCGAUAGAUCCCUCCAGCAAGACCGGUUCGGCUCCUCCUCCUCCUCCUCUUCCGCCGCCGGCUUCAGAUCCAGAGAUCAGCAGCAUGACGGACAAGCACACGCCCUCGACGCGCAGUUUUCGUCCUUUGUCGCGCAACAGGGGGGCAACCCCGACCUCGUAGCUAGGGAGUUUUCGCAUUUGUCGAUAGCCCAGCAGCAGCAGCAGCAGCAGCAGCGACAUCUACAAGCAAUCUUCGAGCAAGAACAAGCGCAGUUUCAUCAUCAGCAGCAGCAGCACCCACAGCAGAGCAUGGAGUCAUGGCAUCAGGACUUUAUGCAGUUCCUCGAGCAGCCGGCGCCAGCACUUUCCCAGCAGCAGCCGAUAAUGUCGUCGCAGCAGCAGCCGAUGACGACUCCGACUCCCUACAUGCCUACAUUCUCGGCCAUGCCUACCACCGGCAUGUACAACAACUUUGCAUACAACAACACCGAACAAGCCUACGAACCCGCGCAUCUACAACAACAGCAACAAAAAGUAUUCGACGACGCAUUCGACCAGAUCGAACAAGAAACCGCCACCACCACUUCUUCACAAACAGUCCAAGACGAGCCCGUCCAAACCGCAAAGCCAGAAGUCGACGACGACGACGACGGGUUAUCCGCAGUAGCCGGCGACCUACUCCAAUCCCUGCGCGACAACCAGUCCCAGAAAUUCAAAGAAAGCACAUUCCUCGCGCUGAUGCGGCGAUUGCGCGACAAAGAGGUCGUCGUGCAGGGCAACAAGAUGGUCGAGUCGAUAGCAGAUCCCGCUGCUGCGAACGAGAAGAUGGGGAUGGAGGGGAUGGAGGCGGGGGCGGAUUAUAUGCCGUUUAGUGCCGCGGAGGAGACGGGGCGGGAGGCGGGGGCGCAGGGGUUUCGUCGUGGAGCCUGGGAAGAGUCGUUUUAGUUGCUUUUUGCAUUACUGAAGGCAUUCAAUGACAUGAUAUCACAAUGACAUACUAUCAUCAUCUAGUCUGUCAUGAUCUGGUUGUUGCAACGGACUCAAAACAGAGAUUUAUCAUCAUCACCAUUUACCAUCAUCUUGAGGAAGUCAGCAGCCGCGCGGUAGCAAGUCUGGUAUGUCAGACGGCUAGCACCACCGUCGCCACGACGCUGCUGUACUUACUUAUAUAAAGAGUAGAUUAGUGUAGAAGUGAGUUAGUGAUGAGUUAUUCUAUAUCGACGACUAUAUAUACAAAACACACAGAACAAGAGCAAGAGACAAAGAGGGUU